AUGGCGCUUCCGAUCUUUUGCGCUCUAAUUUCGCUUUUCGCUACACUCACUUGCGCGUUUACCGACGACCGUCAAGCGGGACUCCAACAUGCACCCGAUAAGGAGACGAGGAUAGCCAUCAUCGGUGCAGGACUCAGCGGCGCUGGCACAGCGUACUAUCUACGCGAGAAUGCUCCUCCGGGUCAACCACUCUCGAUCACGAUCUUCGAAUCUAGCGAACGUAUCGGCGGACGAGUGGCUUCAUUCGUGGUACCGGAUACCCAGAACCGGACCAUUCUCGAAACUGGCGCUGCCAGUUUCUUUACGGACGAUACAUGCAUCACGCAAAGCGUUGAGAAGCUGGGUCUGACUCUCCUAGACAAGAAAGGUUGCUGGUCGCUUCUGGGAUGUCUCUACAACCCAUUUAGAAGAACAGGCAUUUGGAACGGCAAGGAAAUUAUCGGCAAGCCAUUGCUUGCUUUGAGACUGAGCGAAUGGUUAGACGAGCACGGUCUGCUCUGGAUUGUGAAACCAGUCGUAUGGUCCAACAACAUGUCCGUAUGGGAUACCUUGCGUCUCCUCCAUUGGAACGAUCUGAAGUUAGACCCUGGGCUGCAGGCCUCGUGCGACUUCACGUCUCCAUCGAUUUGGAGACGUAUCCACAUGCGUUACGAGUACGGCAGCUCGCCUGCACUCUUCCAGCGAGCGGUUCACACCACGAAAGGGAAAUUCCAGCAUUUUGGACGUAAGGACCGUUUCAGCAGAGUUGAUGAGGAGCUUAGAAGGGUGGGUCUGAAUGACGGCAUCGCGAGACUCUCCGCUGCGGACUAUCUUACAGGCCUUGGUAUCAGCAGGCUAUUCCAGUCCGAGGUCAUCGAGCCAUGUGUUAGUGCUAUCGAUGCGAUGAUGGCUUGUAGAGAGUCAAAAGAAGCAUCUUUAGUCGGCGGUAACAUCCGGCUCGUAGGCGCAAUGAUGAACGCCUCGCUAGGGGACUUGCAACUGCGAAGCGAGGUGGUUGGAAUUGAACAUGGCCAAGAUCGACGAUACAAACUCUCAAUCGCGGAUGCAUCAGAUCUAACAUUACAUGGAAACGACGAGUUCGAUGUAGUCGUGCUGGCGGGUCUGAUUCAUGAGAGUCCACUACUUGACAGCCUCCAAAAGCUAGGCUCGCUGCCGAAGAACCUCUUAUCACCACCAAGUUAUACCACAGCGCACGUUACCUACUUUGCUACGGAGCAUGCCUUCAAACCGGAAUAUCUCAACUUAUCCGCUGACUUCGACAUCCCAGGCCGCCUUCUAACAACAUCUGCGGAGUCCAGCCUGAUCUCGCUAUCUAUGUGGGACGAUAUGGGCUUUUACUGGGAAGACCGACUUCGGCGCAAGGAGCCUUGGGUUGAACGACCUGAUCAUUACGACAGCGAUGAAUGCGGGAACCGUAAGUUUGAAUACGAAAACCUGUACCGUGUAGUGUCUCUAGAGUAUAUCUCAGAAGGCGAACUUGCUGCAAUGAUUGGAAAGUACUGGGAGGAGGGACAGAAUGCGACGGACAUCGGGUUCAGCUGGGUUCAUCGACAAGAAUGGAGCAAAGCGUUUCCGAAAUUUGAUGACGGCAGGGGUGUAACGGGAGACAUUCAGGUAGCGGAGGAUGUCUUCUGGCUUGGUGGUGGGAAUGAAGUUACGUCGUCACUUGAGAUGAGUUGUAAAAUGGGAAGGAAUGUUGUGGCCCUGAUACGAGACCGGGCGACUACAACAAGUGCUAGACAUGGCGAACUGUAG